GUGAGGGGUCAGAUAUUGUUAUAUAGUGAGGGUUGAGGAUGCUCACUAGUAGCAUAAAGGUAUAAACUUUCCAAAAUCGUACAGUAGUGUCUCAAAUGUUAUGUGAGUAAACGGCUGAUGAUAAAUAAGAAUGGGGACGGCAGGUGGGAGGGGGUCGGCUGGCUGAGUCAUAGAGAGAGCACUGAGGGGAUAUAUAAGGCAAGCAAGGCUAAUAAGCAGGCACACUACAAGUGACUGACUCUCAGGCUAGUGAAGAAUAGAAUCUGAGCAGCAGACUGAGCCAAGCACUUAUUAGCAGCAGUAGCGGCCAUAUAACUGGUAGAGACUCCAAUACUCUCCUUCCCAUCCCAGCACAGGAAACAACUGUAAAAAAGCGCGGGAAUUUGGCGGCUGCUGCAGGUGUGAGGGCGGCUGAGCGACCCCGCAGCACUAAGUAGAGACACAAACUUAUAUUAUAUAAGAGGCGCACCAAGAGAUGGCGCACUUGCGAGGAGCUGCUAUUUGUGCAAUGUUGCUGCUGGUGUCUCACCUGCUCGGAGAGAUGAGCGCCCAGAGAAACACGGGAGCCUCCGGGGAGUACGGGGUAAAGCUGUGCGGCCGGGAGUUUAUCCGCGCUGUGAUAUUCACUUGCGGGGGAUCCCGGUGGAAGAGACUGUCUGUGGCAAAGGAGGAGAGCGGGGAGACAAGGCGGGAUGUUCCACCGCACUGGAGCAGGGGAGCAGACCCCAUGCAGGAUUCAUCAAAUGAAGAAAUGAAUCAACUCAAGUUACUCAAGUCAUUGUCAGGAUCACAAGUGGAACAGCUUCAGAAUGGCGACUUACCUUUGCAGGCACUCAAGGAUUCUUUGAAUGCAUAUGGCGACUACCAUGAUUAUUUACCUAUGACUGAUGACUUUAGUGAAUAUGUUAGACAAAUGGAGGAAGCUACUCGAAAAGCUCAUGGCGCAUCACAAAUCCAGGCUCGCUCAGAGUCAGACGGAUACGCUUGGAUGAAAGUCCCCAGACGGAGGAGGGAAAUGAAUAUUGGGGUGGCGGGCAUAUGCUGUAAAUGGGGUUGUACCAAAGCAGAAAUCAGCACCUUAUGCUAAAGUGAAAAGCAGAAUAGUAAUAACAAUAAUAAUGCACUUCUGUCUCUUGUCUACAGUGUUCACAGACUCCACGCCAUUAUUAUGGAUUAUCCCAAUGAGUAUUUUACAUAGAGUGGUAAAACAAAACACUGGGUUGGUCAUGAUUUGUAUUUUUAUGAAAGCCAUCACAGGGCUUAGUUGUUAAUGUUUAGCUUUCAUUGUCAAUAAAAUUAUUUCUUGAUGCUCUAA